AUGCUGGAGACCUGUGACGGGGUAGAGAAUGACAGGAUUGACGAACCGACGACGCCGGGGCCUGACGGGAGGACCUACGCAGCAAAGCUGCAGCUGCUCAGCAGGAACCCGCUUACGGAUGAGCACGGCCAGCUUCUUUCCCCCAUCGGAAACAUGGAACAGUUUAUUGAGCAUAUGAACACUACGUGCGACGGGCUGGUCGACAUGAAGAUGACCAUGAUCGUCGGGGACGUGCCCCUGAACCGCAGCUCAAAGUGGCGUGAGAAACACCGCGACACGGUCCGCCGCAGAGUGUUCAUCUCUAUCCUCCUAGAUCUGAGCACCCGGCAAAGCGACGAGGAGCCCUCCGUCUUUGACUUUGAUGAAGCAAGUUGA